AUGGCAGCUUGCACUCUGCCGUUCCACAUUUUGUCGCAACAGCUGAGAGAGAUGGAAGCCGGAGCUGGGGCAGGAGCCUUACUGGGGAACGGUCUCCUUCCCGAACAGGAUCAGGAUCCGGAUGCAGCCGAUCCAACACUAGGAAGGCGGAAGCGAAGGCAUCAGGUUUCCAUUGCCUGCGUCGUGUGUGCCAAGGCAAAGGCAGCUUGCAACGACGCCCGUCCUUGCAAGCGAUGCAUCCGCCUAGGAAAGGAGGAGCAAUGCAUCGACAGCGCCGAUGUUCGUGCGCAAUGGUGGAUACAGAAGUCGAGGGGAGACGUUGCACAGCUUCCAAGCUCAACAAAGAAGUCUCGUGCAGUUUGCUCUGCCCUCUACUUCCACGGUUCUUCGUUCCUUCAGUCCAGCCACUUCCAGCUACCCAAGAACGUCGCGUGCAUGGCUUGCAACAAGGCGAAGGCGCGGUGCGAUGGCUGCAGGCCUUGCUCACGAUGUCGGGACAGAAAGAUCGAUUGCGUCAAUCUUACGAAGCAACCGAGGGAGCAAGAGGACUCUGACAUCCCGGCAGCAGUGCCUCCUGUGCAGGAUGGGAUGGAAGAUGAUUUCGAAGAAGCCACGGUUGGCAGUAAGGGGAUGGACAUCUUCGAGGAGAUCGUGAAUGCAUCCCAAGGGCAGCAAGUUGGCAUCAUGGGAGAGUAUCCGGACCCUUCGAUUCACAACAGUAGGUUCCAGGUCAAGGAGGAGCCGGGGGAGGUACUGCGUUUUGCAAGGGAGGGCAGGGCGUUGCAGGGGCAGCACAUGAGGAUGAAUCUUCCUUCCAGCAGCUCUGCGUUCCCGAUGGACAUCUUCUCCACCGACGAGCUCUCCUUCAUGAGCCAGAUGAACUAUCGUGAUGCCUUGGACAACAGAGUCCCUGAUCCUGCUUUGGCCAUGCUCCAGGAGUCGUCGUACAGGCCUCCUCCUCUGGCUCAGGAGCCCCUAUAUCAGCCUGUUCUGAUCAACUCGCCUUCUCAUGCUGAUUCAACGUUUGAGCGUCAGGCUCCGUACUUGAGCUCUCGCCCAGCUGCUGCCAAGGCGCUCACUGCUGAAGUUGGCCAGCAGCCCUUGAUGCAAGUUACGACGAGCAGAAGCAGAUUUCAGUGGGAGCAGGAGCAGCAGAUGCUGGAGCAAGGGAUUGCUGCGAGCUCGCAGCGAGGAAUUUGCAUUUCUGGCCGUGGAAAUGUGAAUGGGGGGGAUCUUACGCAGGCAUUUCGAGCUCCCGGAACAGAUCGUCAGCGCUGA